AUGGAACAGAUCAGCGAAUAUCUGUGCAAAUAUAAGAACUACAAUCUUCCCAUCGGAUACGCCACUGCAGAGUACAUUGAUUCACUCCAGACCUCUGAGAUCCGUGACAGUGACAUAUUCCUGGUCACAUAUCCAAAGUCAGGCACCAUAUGGACUCAGAACAUCAUCAUCUCCAUCUUGGAGCAAGACACUGGUCUUCCAGUUUAUCCCAACAACAUGGAGCAGAUGCCGUGGUUGGAGUACCAAGGGAGUGAAGACUACUCGCUACGACCUUCUCCUCGGCUUUUUACCUCUCAUCUCACCCCCACCCUCAUGCCUCCAGGCCUGAAGAACAAGAAGGCAAUGAAGAUUGUUGGAUCAUCCUGGUUUGAUCACAUCAGGGAGUGGCAUGCUAAGAGAGGCCAGUACAACAUCCUUUUCCUGACAUAUGAGGAAAUGGUUUUGGAUCUGAAGGCAGCAAUAAUUAAGAUCUGCAGUUUCCUAGGCAACAACCUGAGUGAAGUAGUGAUUGAUCAAAUUGUUAAGAAAACUACUUUCAAGAGCAUGAAGAAUGACCCAAAGUCCAAUUAUGAGUUCAUGCCAGAGGAAAUACUCAAAGGAAAAUUCUUGCGCAAAGGUAAGAUUAGCGACUGGAAGAACACCUUUACUGUGGCCCAGAGUGAGAGGUUUGAUCAGAUCCUUCUGGAGCGACUGGGUGAUAUGGGACUGAAGUUCAUCUGGGACACCGAGCUGCCACCACAACCUUAG